UUGGUGGCAAGCUAUGGCCAGUGGCUGGAGAGGGGACCACUGGUACAGGAGGGUAAGGAGGGGGCACUGGAGAAAGGGGAGGAAGGCCUCCCAGUACUGCAGCUCAGGGUGUGCCAGGUCCCACCCCCCAGAGGCGGGGCCAGGCUGAUCCCCGCCAGCCUCAGCUCCAUCCCUCCAGGAACCCAGGCGAGGGCAGAGCCAGGGAGAGCAGUGGAGAGCCGGGGCCCUGCUGUACUCGCACAGUGGAGGUACCAUGCCAUUACCGGUCAGGACACCAGACAUCGCCAGAAGCCCUGCAGCGCUGGCUGCGACAACUCCCUGACACUCAGAGGAGAAGCCCAGGCUGGGGGAGCAACACCUGUCCCUCACAGCCAUGCACGCCCGCUGCUGCUCCAGGUCUCUCCCGUCCCCAGGCCCAAGAUGACACCCAACAGCACCAGGGAGAUGCCCAGCCCCAUUCCCGCAGGGGCCCUGGGGCUCUCCCUGGCCCUGGCAAGCCUCAUCGUCGCUGCCAACCUGUUCCUGGCCCUGGGCAUCGCCAGGGACCACCGCCUGCGCGGCCCACCCGCUGGCUGCUUCUUCCUGAGCCUGCUGCUGGCCGGGCUGCUCACCGGGCUGGCGCUGCCCGUGCUGCCAGGCCUAUGGAACCAGAGCCGCCGAGGCUACUGGUCCUGCCUCUUCCUCUACUUGGCUCCCAAUUUCUCCUUCCUCUCCCUGCUUGCCAACCUUCUGCUGGUGCACGGGGAGCGCUACAUGGCAGUGCUGCGGCCUCUGCGGCCCCGCGGGAGCACCCGGAUGGCCCUGCUCCUCACCUGGGCUGGCCCCCUGCUCUUUGCCAGCCUGCCUGCCCUGGGCUGGAACCACUGGGCCCCUGGGGCCAACUGCAGCUCCCAGGCUGUCUUCCCAGCCCCCUACCUCUACCUCGAAGUCUAUGGGGUCCUGCUGCCCGCCGUGGGCGCUGCCGCCCUUCUCUCGGUCCACGUGCUGGCCACCGCCCGCCGUCAGCUACAGGACAUCCGCCGGCUGGAGCGGGCCGUGUGCCGCGGCGCGCCCUCGGCCCUGGCCCGCGCCCUCACCUGGCGGCAGGCCAGGGCACAGGCUGGAGCCACGUUGCUCUUCGGGCUGUGCUGGGGGCCCUACGUGGCCACCCUGCUCCUCUCUGUCCUGGCCUAUGAGCAGCGCCCGCCGCUGGGGCCCGGAACUCUGCUGUCUCUCAUCUCCCUGGGCAGCGCCAGUGCGGCGGCCGUGCCCGUGGCCAUGGGGCUGGGUGAUCAGCGCUACACGGCCCCCUGGAGGGCGGCCGCCCAGAAGUGGCUCCGGGUGCUGCGGGGAAGACCCCAGGGCAGUCCUGGACCCAGCCCCGCCUACCACACCAGCAACCAAAGCAGCAUGGACCUCGACUUGAACUAGGGGAGGGGCCCCUGCUCGUUCCUACUAGAAGCAUCCGUCCAUCUUGGCCACCAAGCCCAUCUCCACUUACCCCCGCACCUCUGGAUCAGAGACCCUGCCCCUAUGCGACCCCACCCUGACUGAAUAAAGCUCCCCUGGCUCCCA